AUGGGGAAGUCAGCCUGCAGUACGAGCCCACAGCAACUGGAAAGCACCUGCUUCAUCCUCAGAGCACUCUUCCUCCUCCUCUUCUGCGGGCAUGCUUGCUGCCAGUGUAAGAUCCUGCGCUGCAACGCCGACUACGUGGCCGCCACCCUCAACCUGCGCGGCUCCAACAAGGACGUGGCUUACUGCAACGCCCUGCGCUCCUACUCCCACUGCACCCGCAAGACGGCCCGGACCUGCCGGGGCGACCUGGUCUACCACUCUGCCGUCCACGGCAUCGAGGACCUCAUGAUCCAGCACAACUGCUCCAAGGAAGGCCCCACCUCGCCGCCCCGGCCCCGCCCACCGGCCCCCAACCACCAGGGCUUUGAGUCCCUGGACAUCUGCAACUACGAGAAGAGCUUCCUCUACAAGCAUGGCCAGCCCCCCACCUACCAGCACUGUGCGGCCUUCGGGGACCCCCACGUCCGCACCUUCCAUGAUGAGUUCCACACCUGCCGCGUGGAGGGCUCCUGGCCUCUCCUGGACAAUAACUACUUGUUUGUGCAGGCAACUAGCUACCCGGUGGCAAAGAGUUCCAACGCGACUGCCACCGGCAAGCUCACGAUCAUAUUUAAGAACAUGAAGGAAUGCAUCGACCAGAAGGUCUACCAGGCCGAAAUAGACAACCUGCCGGCUGCCUUUGAGGAUGGCUCGGUGAACGGUGGCGAGAGGCCGGGGGGGAGCAGCCUAACCAUCCAGGAACGGGCGCCCGGGCAGCACGUGGAGAUCCGGGCUGCCUACAUCGGCACCACCAUCGCCGUGCGCCAGGCGGGCCGGCAGCUAUCCUUCUCCAUCCGGGCAGCCAAGGAGGUGGCGCAGGCCUUCACCGAAGAGCAGGACCUGCAACUCUGUGUGGGCGGCUGCCCGCCCAGCCAGCGCAUCUCCCGCAGCGAAUGUCACCACACUGGGAUUGCCGCUGAGACGGCGCGAUUGCUGUGCAAGGAGACGCUGCCGGUGGAGGACGUCUACUUCCAGUCGUGCGUCUUUGAUGUGGUAACCUCGGGCGAUGCCAAUUUCACCCUGGCCGCACGUGGUGCUCUGGAGGACGCAAAGAUGUUCCACCCAGAUGCUGAGAAACUGCACAUCUUCCAGACUGGGGCGGGCUGCCGUCUCAUCUCCUUACCCUUCCUCCUUGUCAUCGUCACCUCUAACCUCUUGGCUAUUCAGUUGCGCUUUUAA